GGGUCCCUCUCUGGGUGUGGCCCCGGGGCCUGUCGAUUUUCCCGCCCCGCUGACUCUGUCUCUGUUUGCUUCCAGGGUCCCCCGGUGUCCCCGGUGCCUCCCCCCCUCCCGGCCCGGGCCAAUGGGCCACCCGUUAGCCACAGACUCGGAGCGAUGGACCCCGUGAGGACCGGUAUAGGGGGUCCCCCCCGCCCCGCGCCGGGGGCCCCGGGCCAAGACGACGGUCCCCCGCACGCCGCCGGGGGCGGGGCUUGCCCCGUGUGCAGGGCCGGGGGCAGGCGGAGCGUCCUGAGGAGCUACCGGAUCAGCUUCCGGGAGGCCGUGGUGCUGUGUGAGGACCCCCAGUGCAUCUACCCCCUGGGCUCCCGGGCCCUGGCCAGCCUCCUCUCCCCGGGUUCGGAUCCCGCCCGCCGCCCGGAGAGACCCCGCAAGAGGAGGAGGAGGAGCAGCGGGCAGGCCGCGCCGGGCCACCACCAUGGCGACCACCAUGGCGACCACCAUGGCGACCACCACGGCCACCCGGCCCGGUCGCAGGGGGAGGCCCGGGGGCCCGGGGGGACCCCCAGAGAGACCCCGCCACCCCCCGGGCGCCCCCCCCAUCGGGGGACAGCGGGGCCCUGGGCUGGCUGCGCUGCCUCCUGGCCGUCCUGGCGCGCCUGGCCACGCCCCGGAGGGCCUUGGCCCACGCCCCCCCGCCGCUGUCCCCUCGCCAGGCUGCUGCGGGGCCCAGGUCAGUGGAUGAUGAUGGAUGAUGAUGAUGGAUGGGUGGAAGGAUGGAUGGAUAGAUCGGUGGAUGGACGGACGGACGGACGCAUGAACAAAGCAAUAGCGAAGCUCACGGCACGGUGCUCCCACGGUGUCUGCGAAGCUCAGUCCUGGUCUGGCAGAUCCAGGGUCCUCCGGGACCCUUGUAACACUGGCCACAGCCCGGCGAAGCCGGUGGCGACCCGGGGCCGGAAGUUGGCGCGGGGGGUGGACGCCUGCCUGCGCGAAGCGGGGGAGGAGAUCUUCGCCAAGCUGCGGCCGGAGCCGGGGGCCACCUCAGGCGAGAUGGACAGCCCCGCGUUGGCCCUGGCUGCGCUCCUGCGGCUGGCCCCCGACGCCGAGAGCCUCUUCACCUUCUCCUUCUCCUGGCACUUCCGGUGUGCCCGCUGCGGGCACCAGGAGCGCAGCAGGUGUCGCCAGAGCCUGGUCACCUUCCCCACGGUCUCCCCGGACUGGCACCCGCUCAACGCCGCCCACCUGAGGCCCUGUGACCGCUGCGGCAGCCAGGGCCAGCCCCGGAGGAUGGUGCUGGAGAGGCCGUCGCCCCUGCUGGCGCUGCACUUCCCGGAGGGGCUGCCCAGCCCGGACCUGCCCCGCUACGGCUUCCGGCUGCCGAGCGGCCCGCUACCCGCGUCACCGCCCUGGUGCAGCGCCGGGACCCCCGGCCGCCUGGUCAGCUGGACGGCGGCGCCCGACGGCUCCUGGCUGGAGAGCGGCGGCCUGGGCUGCGGCCGUGCCCGGAAGCGCCCCGCGUGCCCGGCGCCGCCCGCCCAGAUGCGGCUCGUGCUCUGGGAGAGGCAGCCGGGGGCCACCACCCCCGGGGACCGUCACCCCAGAGACCGUCACCCCGGGGACCGCCACCCCGGGGACCGCCAUCCCAGAGACCGUCACCCCCGGGGACCGUCAUCCCAGAGACCGUCACCCCGGGGACCGUCACCCCAGAGACCGUCACCCCCGGGGACCGUCACCCCCAGAGACCGUCACCCCGGGGGACCGUCACCCCGGGGACCGCCAUCCCGGGGGCCGCCACCCCCGGGGACCGUCACCCCAGAGACCGUCACCCCAGAGACCGUCACCCCGGGGACCGUCAUCCCAGAGACCGUCACCCCCGGAGACCGCCACCCCGGGGACCGUCACCCCAGAGACCGUCACCCCAGAGACCGUCACCCCAGAGACCGUCCACCCCGGGGACCGCCACCCCCAGAGACCGCCACCCCAGAGACCGUCACCCCAGAGACCGCCACCCCCAGAGACCGUCACCCCAGAGACCGUCAUCCCGGGGACCGUCAUCCCGGGGACCGCCACCCCCAGAGACCGCCACCCCAGAGACCGUCACCCCAGAGACCGCCACCCCCAGAGACCGUCACCCCCAGAGACCGUCACCCCAGAGACCGUCACCCCCGGGGACCGCCACCCCAGAGACCGUCACCCCCGGGGACCGUCACCCCCGGGGACCGUCAUCCCGGGGGACGCCAUCUCGGAGACCAUCACCAUCACCCCGGGGGACAGGCCAGCCGCGGGGGACAGGACAGUUGCUGGUGA